GCAGGCAAGAAGAAGAGCUCUGUCAAUCCGAGGUCCUUUUCACACAGCUAUUCCUUUUAGUCUCUGCAAGAACUACAUCAUCCAGAAAGGAGACACCAGAGGCCUAUUGACUGGUUGGCAUACAGAACAGGACAACCUACUGCAGGACGACAGACAGGCAUCAUGACACAGGGCAAGUUGUCACUUGCAAACAAGGCCUCCAACGGCUCCUCCAGUGGAGAUGUCUUAGUGACACCGUCUCCUCCGAGCUAUGAGGAAGCCACUGCGGGCACCAGUGCUCCUUGCUAUAAUGAUGUUGAGAUGCUCACAGAGUUCACCUGGGAUGAUCUCAACAUCAGGAGGGUCUUCAUUCGAAAGGUGUACGCCAUCUUGAUGAUCCAGCUGUUGGUGACUCUUGCUAUUGUGGCUCUUUUCACAUUCUGUGACCCUGUGAAGGACUACAUUCAGAGUAACCCUGGCUGGUACUGGGCCUCUUACGCUGUGUUCUUUGUCACAUAUCUGACCUUGUCUUGCUGCUCUGCACCAAGGAGACAAUUUCCAUGGAAUCUGAUUCUUCUCGGUAUCUUUACCCUCUCGCUCUCAUACAUGACAGGGAUGUUGUCCAGCUUCUAUAACACAAAGUCAGUGGUGAUGUGUCUGGGCAUCACAGUUGCAGUCUGUCUCCUGGUCACGGUCUUCAGCUUCCAAACUAAGUUUGACGUGACAUCAUACCAAGGCGUGCUCUUCGUCUUCUGCAUGGUUAUGUUCAUCUCUGGACUGGUGCUGGCACUCGUCCUCCCCUUUCAAUAUGUACCCUGGUUGGAUGCCAUCUAUGCUGUCUUGGGAGCCAUACUGUUUACCAUGUUUUUGGCAUUCGACACCCAGCUCCUCAUGGGGAACAAGCGCUACACCAUGAGUCCAGAAGAGUACGUCUUUGCCACUCUCAACAUCUACCUUGAUAUCAUUUACAUCUUCUCCUUCUUCCUCCAAAUCUUCGGAACAAAACAAGAGUAAACCACCACCCCAUCUUUAUUACCUAUACAGACAAGGGAUGAAAUGAUAAGUCUUUUUAAACAUUUUGGUGAUUGUGAUGACAGUGCUUCCAAUUGUAACAGCUUUUUUUUUUUUUUUGCCUGAUACUGAUAAGGUCAUAAAUACUCUUUGUACAGCUAUACAUGUACAUCGAUGUAUGCCAGUGUUCAUAUCCAAAAUGUCUACCACCUUUCCCUUCUCUCUAGCAUGUUGUGAACCCACAUCAUGGUGAGGUUAGUUUACUAGCUUAACCAGCAAGAAUCAAUCAGUGAUCUUCCUUUGAUAAAACAUACUGUGAGUGUCCAUCUGAAGCUGUAUGGGUGUCUUCAUGUCCAUGCCUGCCUAGAUAUCACAAACAAUAGAUGUCAGUGCUCUUUAAGAGGUAUGUGAUCUAUAAAACAUUAUGCAUGACUCUUAAACAGCCCUAACUAUGCCAGGUGUAGUUAUUCCAUCAUUGGGCUAUUGCUGUGGGUGUUGAUUUAACGACUGAAGGCACAAAUGUAAUGUUUUAAAGACUUUUACUGUGUUUUCAAGCAUAUCCAAUCUUUUCUGUGAAUACUGUGAAUGAAAUGAUACCCCUUCCCUGUUUCAUCAGGGGGUGGGGGUGUUUUUUUUGGCUUUUGAAUUACAAUCUGAAAAUGUUAUUGAUUAGAUUUUGGACAUUUCUACUCAUCUCUGACUUGAUUUGUUACUAAUAUUUCCCAUAUACUGUAUGGUCUAUGUGUUGGUUUUAACUCCAUGUCAUUUUGAUUAUUAUUAGUAUGUCAUUUGUCUAACACAUAUGUGUUUUAAUCUUUUCAUGAGAAACAUUUUGGUGGUUUGAAGUGAUAAUUAAAUGUAAACAUGACAGUGCCAUAUAUGCAUGGAUUUACCGUAACUUUUGAUAAGGCUUACAUUUGUGAAAAAGGACUGUAGUGCUAUAUAUUUCAUGACAUUUGAAGUUUAUUUUUUUAUGACAGAAUGAUAUAUUUAAGAAAGUGUGUGAUAUAAAACGGUGAGUUUGAAGCUUGAAAUGAAUUCAUACGUUGUCUAAAGUGGCCUUGAUAUUGAUGCAGUACCUUGUUUUUAGAACACCCUGCAUUUCACCUAAGCAUUGGUAUUAUAGUAUUGAUUUAUUAAAGGGUGAAUGUGUAUGAAUGGACUCACUGGGUCUCUCUGAUUUAAUAAAUAACAAUAUGCUUUAA